AUGCUUCCACCAACAACAACCUCGCCUUUGUCUUCCACGUCGCUCCGGCCCUUCUGCUGCGCCAGCGGCCGCACCUUCGUCGCGAGGAUGUCUUGCCGCAAGAAGCAGAGACGCCUCACAUCCCGACCUCCCGAACUCCCGACAUCCCGACAUCCCGACAUCCCGACAUCCCGACAUCCCGACAUCCCGACAUCCCGACAUCCCGACAUCCGACAUCCCGACAUCCCGACAUCCCGACAUCCCGACAUCCCGACAUCCCGACAUCCCGACAUCCCGACAUCCCGACAUCCCGACAUCCCGACAUCCCGACAUCCCGACCUCCCGACAUCCCGACAUCCCGACAUCCCGACAUCCCGACCUCCCGACAUCCCGACAUCCCGACCUCCCGACAUCCCGCCGACCUCCCGACCCUCCCGACCUCCCGACAUCCCGACCUCCCGACAUCCCGACAUCCCGACCUCCCGACCUCCCGACAUCCCGACAUCCCGACAUCCCGACAUCCCGACAUCCCGACUCCCGACAUCCCGACUCCCGACUCCCGAUCCCGACAUCCGACAUCCCGACCUCCCGACAUCCCGACAUCCCGACAUCCCGACAUCCCGACCUCCCGACAUCCCGACAUCCCGACAUCCCGACCUCCCGACAUCCCGACCUCCCGACAUCCCGACAUCCCGAUCUCCCGACAUCCCGUCCUCCCGAUAUCCCGACAUCCCGACAUCCCGACAUCCCGACAUCCCGACAUCCCGUCCUCCCGACAUCCCGACACCUGGACAAAGGCGACCACUCCUGCAACUUUCUCGCCAUAAAUCCGCGAUAAUUGCAAGCGCAAGCCAAAUCCCUCCUGUAGUCGGCUCUCUCACGCUGCCUCGGUAUUUCUUGCCUAAGAAGAUCUCGAUGAUUAAGAUAACAGAGGCCGCGACGCACCCGCGGCCGCGACGCACCCGCGGCCGCGCUGUGUCAUUGAAGUAUGGCAUUCGUGUGAUCUUGGCAACAGCAUCCGCCCCUAAAGAGUGCCUCACGUGCUAG